UAUAAUAGUAGUAACUACUUCAAACUUAUCUAUAAAUAGAGUCCUCCCAUUUCAGUGAAAUCACAACAUAGCUCAGAAACCUUCAGCGCAAGAGAAAAUCAUUUCCUCUUUUCUAAAUUUCGAAGUUGGAGAAAAUGGCAACUACUUCUCUUCCAAGACUUGUUGUGUUUAACGUCCCAAAAGCCGGUACAAACACUUAUGUAUACCGCAAAGACGAUGGCUCCGUUGCCGAUGGAGAAAGCGACAAGUUCAACGAGCUCGUCAAGAUCGAAGUUGAACGAUCAAAAACCAAUAACAAACGCGUUCAUCUCCGAUUUUGUCAGAAAAACAGAUAUUGGCAAAAAAACGAAGAUGAUGAGUCCAUCGUGGCGGUAUCAACCAAUCCCGAAGAGGACACCACGAAGGCGUCUUGCACGCUCUUCGAGCCCGUCCAGCAAUCGGAUGAUGUGGUCUACUUCAGGCAUGUCCAGACCGGCUGGCGCGUGAUGCUGAACAACUCCACACUGGGUUUCUACGUGGACAAAAACAGCGUUGGCGCGCCUAUUGGGUUCGUGGAUUGGGACACGUUGGUGAAACUGCCGAAACACGUGGCCUUUUUAGGAGACAACGAUAAAUACCUCAAGGCGUAUAAGGAUAACAGAAACUACCUUCAGUUCUCAUCCAACGAUCCAAACGAGAUAUUAUCGGGCUAUGAGGUCUCGCUGAUGCGCGACGGCCACGUCCGGAUAAAGUCCGAUCAGUGGGGCUUGUACUGGCGGAUGGCCUGGUUUUCGAUUUUUGCGGAUUCCGACGACGCCACGGCCAAUGACACUACUACUCUCUUCUGGCCGGUUAAAAUCGACGAAAACACAAUCGCGCUGAAAAGCACUCGCGCGAAUCGGUUCCUUAAGCGGCUCACGGACGACGGGAACGACGAUUACCUCCACGCGUCGCUGAGCAACAUCACGAAGGAGGCGAGGUUUAAAGUGCAGGAGCUGGUGAUGGACAGGAGGAUCUACAACGUGACGUUUCGGAUGGAGGACGCCAGGAUUUACAAUGAGACGCCGUACGUGGCAGGGACCACCACGGUCAACAACUACGCGGACCAGGAGGGAUCGAUCGCGGUGUCGUUGAAGUAUACAGACACUCGGUCUUACUAUUUCACCCGCAGCGUCUCUUUGACUGCGGGGGUGACUCACACUAUCACGGCGGGGAUACCCGGGAUUGGAGAGGCGGGGAUUGAGGUCUCGGCUGAGAUAAGUACGGAGACGGAGUGGAACGACACGAAGGCCGAGUCGGUGGAGGUUUCGGCGACGGGUACGGUUCCGGUGCCGGCGAAGAGUUCAGCGGUGGUUCAUUAUGUGGGGACGAGGGGAACCUGCGAUGUUCCCUUCUCCUAUACUCAGAGGGACAGGAGUUCCACCGACGGCAAAAUCAUGCAGACUGAACAGAUUGAUGGUGUUUUCACUGGCGUCAAUAAUUACGGCUUCCAAUUCACCGUCGAGAAAUAUCAGCCUCUCCCUGAUCAGUAAGACGAGAUCAAUACAUUCCUGCUAAUUUCGCUUUGUUGUUUUUGAUUCCUCUGCAUUUGUGUGUGAAAUUAGGAAUGAGGGUUUUUUUCAUCAACUUCUUCCAAGUUGGUUUUUUCCCUCACAAUAAGACAUGUAUUAUUGCCUGUGUUGCCUUUUAAUAAAUAAAACCUUUUAUUUGUGUGUUUUA